CGCAUGGGUGGACUUUCUAGUUACUGCCACUCGAGACAAAGCGGGAGGAGUCGAUUUCACCGUAAAGCCAAUGCCACCGCAAGGAAAAUUGACGCUCGCAGGUACUGCUGGCAAACCGCUGGAUGUUCCCAGGAGUCCCCACGGUGCUUUGCGACUUGACCAUGUGGCGGCUGGUGGAAACACGGCCAGUGGGACGUUUACGCUGGGCGCCAAUCCUAUUACCCAUAGAGUUCAGAGGGCAACUCCUAAGGUCACGGUGGAUGUCAAAUUAUUGUUUGAUAUUGUCGUAGGCAGCACAUCUAGUUCGGGUACUCCAUUCACAAUGACUAAGAUAACGCUGACCCCCUUAACCUAUACUGGUAAGGGUGGUAAGGGCGAAUUAGAUUGGAGGAUCACAAACUUGAAAUCUAGGUAUUGGAACCAAUGAAUUCUUCUCAUAUUAUAAUAUGGAGGGAAUGAGCCAGAUUUCUUGGAAGCGGCGCCUGUUGCAGCAUAGAAUACAGCGGUCGAUUAGCAGAGUCCCUGUUAAGAGGGGUAUCUCCUAUCACUACUGUGGUCAUAUUGAGAUAUAAAUUAUUGGAUGUCUACUCUUUUGUACUCUCUGCCACCUUGAAGUUGAGUAAC